GCGCACUCCUUGCUAGCUUUUAGUUGGUGCGGGCACGCGAGACACACAGAAACACCCAGACAAAGCAGAGAGUGAAUAACAUAACGGUAAACGGUAAACGGCAAAGCGGCAAAUCUAUAACGGUGGAAUACGCGCAGUUGGAUUGAGAAUAAACACAAAGAGAGAGAGAGACCCAAUCGACCCACCGAUCAUGGCUGCCUGCUAUAAUGCCUACAGUGCUGCACCUCCUCAAUGCUACGAUUUCGACGAGGACGAUGACGAUGCCUCCUUCGACAGCGGCUACGAGAAGAGCUUCGAGACGGAGGCACAGCUCAGCUCUCGGCGACGUUUGGACUUCGAUGAGAGCUACAACAGCGGAGCAGCGGGGCCGGCAGCGCCUUUGGCCUAUGCCGGCAGCUGGGAUGCAGCCCCGAUCAACUCACCGCCGUCGGGAUUCGUCGGUCUGCUGGACACGAGCAGCAAUCACAGCACGCGCAGCGGCCGCACCCUGGUGGAGCAUCUGAAUAGUCGUGCACCGGGCUCAGGCUUCGAGCCGCAGCUGACCAGCACGCCGCUGAAGUCGCCGCCGGAGGACCCGGACGCACCGCGACCCAAGCGCAAAUAUGCCGUCGGCAAGAAUCGCGUAACGCGCUCGCGCAGCCCCACCCAGGUGGUGCGCAUCAAGAAGUUUCGCCGCAUGAAGGCCAACGAUCGGGAGCGCAAUCGGAUGCACAGCCUCAACGAUGCGCUGGAGAAGCUGCGCGUGACGCUGCCCUCGCUGCCCGAGGAGACGAAACUCACAAAGAUCGAGAUCCUUCGCUUUGCCCACAACUACAUCUUCGCCCUGGAGCAGGUGCUGGAGAGUGGGAACACCAUCAAUCUGGAUCUGGAGAAGCUGCAGAAUUUCACAUUGAGCGGGGAGCGCAUCACGAAGGAGCUGUUCGAUGCGCUCUUUGUGAAUCCGCAGCCAUUCCCCAUGCUUGGCUGUGGGAGAAUGUUUCCCUAUAGUCAGACGCAGCAGCAGCAUCAGCAUCCACAUCCGCAUCAUCAGCAUCAUCCGCAUCAUCAGCAGCCGCAGAUGCUGCCCUUCCAGCCGGGCAUGGAGUAUCCCGCAGCAGCGCCUCAUCCUCAUCCUCAUUCCCAACCCCAUCCGCAGCAUGCGACGCCAACUGGCUUUGACUUUGGCAGCAGCAUGAGGUACUAUCAGCAGGAGCCGAGACCACAACAGCAGACGCCACCCGCUGGCCAGUUCUCGCAGGAGAAAUAUGAUCUGUUCCGCGGCAGCUUCGAGGCAGCUGCCAAACUGCCGUCCACAGCCACAGAGCCAGCCAUGCAUCAGCAGAGCAGUUUCUACACACAGACGCCGCCCUGGAAGGAGUACCCCGAGGAGCCACAUCCGCAGCCACAUUCUCACAGCUACAAGCACUUUGCCCCCCAGGUAUAGCACAGUUCUGGGGGUGUCGAACCUGCGUUUUAGUGCGUUUCAGAGCGUGAUAGAUUGGGAUAAAGAUUGUGCAGCUUGGCAGGAAACUGUUCCAUGGGAAUACGCGAUCCAGCGGAUGAUCUCGUGACUAACUUUGGGUUAAGCAAAACCCUAAAGUUGCUGGCGAGCUUCGUCCAAGCUUUUCCAUGCAACACUUUCCUCGAAGCUGCAACAAUCAGUUGACAUUUGUAGUAGGUGAACCACUAAAUUGAUUGCAAGGAUCCACCAUAAGUUUAGCUGAUCCUCGCACUCAAUUUAGAGUAAAGUGCAGCAGAGAGAGGGAUCCGCAACAGAAGAGUCAAUAGAGAAACUCCACUCUUCAUUGACUUCUUUGUUGUGCAUCUCUGGGGAAUAUUUUAGCAAGAAAAUGCGACAAAGGAUAAGCAUUCUCUUGCUCUAGAUAUUCCAUAAUCCAUUAACUAUAUAGUACAAAUCGGUUGUCCAUAGAUAUACGACGAAUAUGUACCUUUUUGCCAUCGUAGGAAUAUUAAGCAUAAUCUUAGUUAUCAGCAGGAAACUAUACAAUCGAUGGACUAUAUGUGCUGUAGGAUCAGUCAGUCAGUUAUUGCAAUGCAAGGAAAGCGAGCUAGUCAGGACUAAAACUUAAUCGUGAUAAGAUUUGAAUUUCGAUGUAAAAAGAGCCAUAAAGAACUAUUUACUAUUUUUGCUAAUAAAGUUGAUGAUCAAAACGAAA